AUGGACAGUGCAACUGGUAACCGACCUGAAGCUUUACUCAAGGGCACCGUCUUCCACACUACUCGAUUCGAUCGCUAUGAGACCGUUGUCGACUACGACCCAAGACAAUCGCUCAGCAUUACCGAAGCAAUGCUCAACGAGGUGUUGGCAAACAUUACGAUUUCUGCUGUCUCACUCGGCACCUGGUGGGACAUGAUACCAGUCACUAGUACCAGGUAUCGCAGUACAUACUUCCUCAGUAACCCGCUUAAUCUCAUCCUUCCAUACAGUAUAUGUCUAGCAGCAGCGACUGUCUUCAUGGCUAUUGGGAUAUGGUCGCUAUGGCGCAAUCGCGCGCCCGCGGUCGAUGGAGGCUUCCUCCAAAUCAUGAUGGCAGCCGUAGGCGAUACGGACAUGAGCCGAAUUGUACUGGAAGAAAGGGUAGCUGCGACAGAUGACAUGACCGAUGAGUUGAGGAGCUUGAAGAUUCGCUACGGUGGACUGGUGAAUGAAAACGCCGCGGGGGCAGAAGGCGAACGAUUGGGGUUUGGCACCAUGAAUGAGACCAUCUCGUUGAGAAGGAAGAGAUGA